AUGCCAGUGCACUUCCGGCCUUUUCAGAAUGUCCGGCUUGUGCUAGACUGUACAGAAAUGGCAAUAGCCCAACCGAAGUGCUUGAGGUGUGCGCUGCUGACCUACUCCUUUUACAAAAAAGGAUUUACGUGUAAAUACAUGAUCAGCGUUACACCAAGUGGCGUAAUUUCUCAUAUAAGCAAGGGCUAUGGUGGCAGGGCCUCAGACAAAGCCAUUUUUGAGCAAAGUGGCGUGCUCGACUCCUUGUUGCCAGGGGUGGAUGCAAUUAUGAUUGAUCGUGGCUUUUUAAUUGAUUCAUUUUGUGAAGAUCAACUGAUCACAGUCAUCAGGCCUCCCUUCAGGCAACAAGUGCAGCUGUCAAAGCAACAAGCCCUGCAGACGCAGAAGAUUGCGUCGGCUCGCGUGUAUGUUGAACGAGCAAUUCAGUGGAUGAAAAUAUUCAAAAUUCUAGCAAGUAGGAUUCCGUAA